AUGACAGGGCCCAAUGGCCAUGAAUUGGUCCGUAUUGAGACGAAUAUUCUCCCCAAAGGAAAACUAAUAGUAGUUUUCUGUGGAUUGGCAUUUGCUCUCCUCAUCACUUUUAUAGACCAAAACUCCAUUGGUAUAGCAUUACCAACAAUCGGAGCUGAUCUUAAUGCCGCAACUACAAUUUCUUGGGCAGGCACUUCAAGUUUGAUUGCCAAUACAGUUUUCCAAGUACUUUAUGGAAGAAUAUCAGAUAUCUUGGGAAGGAAAGUGGUGUUCCUCACUGCUGUGGGAUUAUUGGCGCUAGGAGAUUUACUUUGUGGGUUCGCUCAGACAGGUCCUCAACUUUAUGUUUUUAGGGGCAUAUCUGGUGUGGGGUCUGGUGGGAUCAUGGCCUUGGCUAUGAUGAUUGUAUCAGAUGUGGUUACUCUGGAGAAUCGUGGAAAGUAUCAAGGGAUCUUAGGAUCAUGCGUCGGUUUGGGUAAUACCAUUGGACCAUUCUUGGCAGCCGCUUUUGUUCAAAAUUCGACGUGGAGAGGCCUAUUUUGGUGUAUAUGUCCGCUAGCAGUGCUAUCAGGUAUUAUGGUAGCAAUUACACUCCCUCCAAGUAAAGUCCAUGGCUCUACAGUGACCAAAAUUCGAGUCAUCGAUUACCCAGGAAUCGUUCUCGUGACCGCAGCCAUCAUGCUUAUUCUGAUUCCUGUCUCGGGCGGUGGUACUUAUUUUGAAUGGUCCAGUCUCAUGGUGAUUUCCAUGCUCACCCUAGGUGGUAUCUGUCUAGUUGCUUUCCUUAUUGUGGAAUGGAAGUUUGCCGUUAUGCCAAUGAUGCCUUUGAACCUUUUCAAAAACCCUGCUGUCUUCGCCAUUCUCACUCAAAACUUCCUCUUUGGUAUAGUUUAUUACUCGCACCUCUAUUACCUCCCAAUAUUCUAUCAGAACGCACGCCAAUACUCACCUCUCAUGUCCGCCGCACUUACUAUUCCAUUCGUCGCCACCCAAUCCAGCUUCAGUAUCGUAUCUGGGCAAUACAUCUCCAGGACUAAACGCUAUGGCGAGAUCAUCUGGAUUGGGUUCAUACUUUGGACUCUAGGAUCAGGCCUUGUUCUCUUGUUCUCUCGGGAGAUACCUAAGUGGAAGAUAGUCUUGAUACUCUUAACCGAAGGUGCAGGAGUGGGAUUCGUUUUCCAACCUACCCUUAUAGCAGCACAAGCACAUUGUACCAAGCGCGAUCGAGCAGUCGUUAUCUCCACCAGGAAUUUUCUACGUGCGCUGGGUGGUGCAAUUGGUCUCGCGAUUUCCUCGGCUAUUUUCUCGAAUUCCAUUAAGUCCCGUUUGAAUACGCUAGCAACUCCUUUACCAGCAGGGUUUAAAGACACAAUUUUAGCAUCAAUAUUGAGCGUCCCGAACUUGGAUGUAUUGACUAAGGGGCAGAAAAAUGAAGUAUUAGAUGCGUAUAUGGGAGCGAGUCGAAGUGUGUUCUUACUUUGGGUACCGAUUAUUGGGGUUUGUUUUUGUCUUUGCGUGUUAAUUAAAGAUAAAGGAUUGCAGAGACCGGACGAAAAGCCGAUUGUUAGAGAAGAACAGCAGGAGGAGGGGAGUAGUGGGAGUGUGACCGGAAGUGAGAUUGUGGUGGAGCACGAGGCUGGUAGGGAGAGGGAUUUGGAGAGUGGGGAGGGCGAAAAGGUUGUGGGACCAGACAAACAUUGAAAUGAGCCUUCAGUUGUGGAAGAAAAAACCUUUGAUUUCCAUUGUUGUUUGGAUGGUUAAGAUAAUGACAUAGGGCACGAAUACCACAGUCUACAACUGAUCUUGAACAUAGACGAUCGACGAUGCAUUCGUUGCUAUGCUGCCUGAUUUUUACGAAAUAUUUUUCCCGUAAAGAAUUCCAGAGCCGAAUUUUCGAAGAAUUUCUUGCAAGUUCGGAGGCAAGUAACAUCAAUCGCUCGGCGCAAAAUCCUUUUCAAUUGGCUCAUAUAUUGGAUUAUACUUGUACAUUGGAUGAUCCUCGUUCAAAAGAGCAGCGGCGAAGCUGAGUUUUGUGUUGUUUGUAGAUGAACGUCCAACGUUUGUGAUGAUAACAUUUAGCUCCACAGACGCACUUGGGAUCCAUAACAAGUAGUUGAAUAUUAUAUCGAGAAUUUCUAUCAAGUUUAGUUGAAGUUUCAAAUAUGAGAACGGGCUGGAUCACACCUUGUGGAAACCUGAGAAUAUGAUGACGGUGUGAUUUCGGGAGGUUCCAGAAGUUUUCGCCAGGAUGAAUUUCUAAUAUUUGUCGGUUAUUUUUGUUUCGAGAGGGAUCUGAUUUGCAUUGCCUAUUUGAAGGCGAUAUUUUGAAUGUGUC